AAAUUAAGCGGAAAUUACAAACCAACAAUUCCCGUAACAAAUUACACAAAUUUUUAUCGACAAAUCGCUAAUUAAUGUCCCCAUACCGUGACGAAGGCCAUCAAAAUCCUCCCGAAGCAUCCGCAGUAUAACUUUACAUUUAUAACGAUGCAGUCAAUAAUAUUUUUUGCAACAUUUAUCGCCCUGGCCGCGGCCGCCUGCGACCGCUCCCCCAAACUGGUGGGGGCGGAGGACCUCUGCUGGUCCAGCAAAGUGAAAAUCGUCGACCGGGUCCAGUAUACCGCCAAGAGCGUUUUGAAUUUCGCCAAGGAGAAACUGGGACUCGGCUCUGAGGAACAAUUUAAUCCUCAACAAUGCGACUACUACGAAUGUAUAUUCGCCGAAAUGAACAUGCUUAACCAUAACGGUUUUCCCAACGAGGAAAAACUGGUCGAAUUUAUCGACAAUAACGUGAUUUACACGCACGCGAAGGCUCAGUACGAGAGGCUGAAGCUGUGCCAAGAAGCAUUGGCAUACAGCAUUAGUGAAAAUAAACCGUUUUUGGGGGCGCCAUUAGGCAGUGAUGCCAGCCCUAUUUCAGUGGACAUUAUACAACCCAAGUGCGAAAUCCUGCAAGAGUUUAUGAAGUGUUUGGCUUUAAAUGGGACUGAUUGUGUGGUGUUUAAAUAUCCUUGAAGGGGCAGCGUUUUAUGUGUUUUUUUUUAAAAAUAAAUAAAUGUUUUCUGUGUUUAAA